UAGAGCAGUAGUGUCAGUGGUGAGAGUUAAUCCAGACCUGAAAACAUAUUUCUACUUCAUCUCUGAAUCCAUCACAAGAACAUUACAGCAAUGGCAAUGCCAGGAGGCUUUGGUGAACUGAAGGCAGCAACUCCACAGAUUCAGAAAAUCUGUGAUCAGAUGAAAGCAGGUGCAGAGAAAGCAGCCGGUCACAAGUUUGCCCAUUUUACUGCCGUGUGUUAUAAAGAGCAAACUGUUGCAGGAACAAACUACCUGAUCCUGGUAAAUGUAGGAGAUCUCAAGUACGGACAUCUAAAGGUGUUUAAACCUAUACAGGCAACAGAGCCACUGAAGUUUACUGCAUUCCAGCACCCUAAACAAGACCCGCUAUGCACCUGAGAUGCUGUAAAUACACAGACAGAUAUUCUGCAUUACAGACAUCAAGUAUAUUUUCUCUUCUAUACACAUUGUAAACAACCACCUUCCAUGUUUAACAGGCUCUGCAAUAUUAUAUGGUUUAACAUAUCUACCUUGAUUUACAGUGACUGAUCUUUCUUAUCAUUUAAAAUCUGCUUUGAUAAAGAACUUGUAUUCAAAUAAAAAAGUAAAGAAUGAAUGAACUGUUUUAAUGCUUAAAAUCUGAAAUAAAAGAACAGAUUUAAAACUGUGUUUCAUCUGUGUUAAAGCAUGCAUCAUGAAAUAAAGAUUUGAUGAAAUUUGAA